AUGUCGGUCAGAAUGGCUCCUCGUCUUCCUCUGAUCUUUCUGUUCAUGAUUCCCGGGGUUUCUAGUGCUGAUUGGGGUGUGAGUUACAGUCCUUUACACAUCUGUGCACUAAAGAACUCAACAGUGAUAAUGAGCUGCACUUAUACAUACCCUACUGGAUAUAAGAUUGAGAAAGUGUUCUGGACCAAAAACCCUGUAAAGGGUGAAGAGUUUCCAGAUUUGUCUGAGGAUCCUGAAUACAGUCAGAGGCUUCAGUAUCUGGGAGACAAACAGCAGAACUGCACCAUCAGACUGAGUCAUGUGACACAGAAGGACCAGCACAUGUACUGUUUCAGAUUCAUCACUGAUAAACCUAAUGCCACAUGGCUUGGUGAACCUGGAGUGACUCUUACUGUCACAGAUCUUCAGGUGGAGGCUCCUGAGAGAGUGACAGAGGGUAAUAAUGUCCGUCUGACAUGUAAAAGCAGCUGCAUUCUAACUGACAGAGCAACAUUCAUCUGGAACAGAAACUCAAAGCCAUUAACUGAGAGAAGAGACAGAAACAAUCAACUCCUGCUGCAGUCAGUCAGAAGAGAGGAUGCAGGCAGAUACAGCUGUGCUCUACACGGACACAGUUACAUCUCUCCGGAAGUUCAUCUCCGUGUCACCUACCCACCAGUGAGUGUCUCUCUGUCCAUCAGUCCAUCUGGUGUAAUAGUGGAGGGAGAUUCAGUGACUCUGGACUGCAGCAAUGAUUCAAACCCUCCUGGAGAGAUCAGCUGGUUUAAAGGAGAAACAAUUGUAGGAUCUGGUAGAAUCUUCAGCAUCUCAAAGAUCAGCUCUGAUCACAGUGGAGAAUACAAGUGUAAAUCCAUCAAUGAACAUGGAGAGAAAUAUUCUGAUGCUGUGACUUUAAACGUCAUGUAUCCUCCCAGGAGUGUCUCAGUCUCCAUCAAUCCAUCUAUUGUAAUAAUGGAGGGAGAUUCAGUGACUCUGAACUGCAGCAGUGAUUCAAACCCUCCUGCAGAAAUCAGCUGGUUUAAAAGAGAAAUGUUUGUAGCAGCUGAAAAAAUCUACAGCAUCUCAAAGAUAAACUCUGAUCACAGUGGAAAAUAUAAGUGCAGAUCCAUCAAUGAACAUGGAGAGAAAUACUCUGAUGUUGUGACUUUAUAUGUCAUAUGGGUUUCUAGUGCUGGUUGGGGUGUGAGUUACAGUCCUUCACACAUCUGUGCACUAAAGAACUCAUCAGUGAUAAUGAGCUGCACUUAUACAUACCCUACUGGAUAUAAGAUUGAGAACGUGUUCUGGACCAGAAACCCUGUGAAGGGUAAAGAGAAUAUAGAUCUGUCUGAGGAUCCUGAAUACAGUCAGAGGCUUCAGUAUCUGGGAGACAAACAGCAGAACUGCACCAUCAGACUGAGUCAUGUGACACAGAAGGACCAACACAUGUACUGGUUCAGAUUCAUCACUGAUAAACCUGAUGGAAAAUGGACUGGUAAACCAGGAGUGACUCUCACUGUCACAGAUCUUCAGGUGGAGGCUCCUGAGAGAGUGACAGAGGGUCAUAAUGUCAGUCUGACAUGUAAAAGCAGCUGCACUCUGACUGACAGAGCAACAUUCAUCUGGUACAGAAACUCACAGCCAUUAACUGAGAGAAGAGACAGAAACAAUCAACUCCUGCUGCAGUCAGUCAGAAGAGAGGAUGCAGGCAGAUACAGCUGUGCUCUACAUGGACACACUUACAUCUCUCCUGCUGCUCAGCUCAAUGUCUCUUGCCUGGGCGAAAUUAAAAAGUUGUCUUUCUUCUGGACGGUCAAACUAACUGUCAAUCACACUAGCAUCCAAUAA